AACUGCAUCUUUCCCGGAGGGCAGCGCCGGCUAGCCACGGAGUCCCAGGGCGGAGUACCCCCUAUGCCCUGCAGUCCGAACAAUCGAUUCCGACUCAUCGGACGUCUCACGUCGAUUUACCAUCUCUAGCACAAAUCAAAACAAAACAAAAUUAUGUUUACAUUAAGCAACUAAGACAAUUCGACGAAAUUGGUGGCUUCGAUGUCCUUGCCACGACGCACCCACCCAACCUUGGGUGCCCCAAGAGAGAUGUGGGAGGCACACCCCAUCUCCGGCAGACCGGAGUCUAUUCCUGGUGGAUUAGGAUCGGCUCAUCUCCCCGCCCAAGAAACUUUAAGGCCGAUCUCAGACCGUCGCCCAGAUGAGAAGCGGUCAAAGCGGAAACAACCGAAAGGGAAAUUUUUAGACGCUCAAAGUUCCAAGUGUCAGGCAAAGUCGCCGCACGGCACUAAAUUUGGAGGCGUUUGCCAGCCGGGUCGCCUAAUCCUGAGGAGCUCCAAGGGAAAAGAAGGGACGUGCUAAUAAGGUAAGUACGCUAAACAAAUCCCACAAGUCAUUAAAUUUCGCGACCCAAUUUAGAUGUAGUUGGACGCGGGCUAGGGUUCGGGCUUGAGCCUC